AUGGCGGCGCCCGCUGCUGAGCCAGUGACGUCAUUCUGCUUCCGGCGCGGGCCGGAAGUGGCGCCGCCAUGGCGGCCGGGAGCUGCUGGGGCUGAUGCCACCAUGGCCACCAGCCGCUCCGAGGACGAGGAGUCCCUGGCGGGGCCCAAGCGGGGCCCGGCCACCCCCGUGGGGACUGUCCCCAAACGGCGCAGCUCCUCCAGGUUCAUCAAGUGUCGCAAGUUCGACGACGAGCUGGUCGAGUCCAGCCUGGCCAAGCCCGCGAGUCCAUCCCAGUUAACUCCAGUCCAUCCCAGCUCCCUCCCAGUGGUUCCCAGUCCCUCCCAGCUCCCUCCCAGUGGUUCCCAGUCCCUCCCAGUGGCUCCCAGUCCAUCCCAGUUUGUUUUCCAGGUUCAUCAAGCGUCGCAAGUUCGACGACGAGCUGGUCGAGUCCAGCCUGGCCAAGCCCCCCAGUCCAUCCCAGUUAACUCCAGUCCAUCCCAGUUAACUCCAGUCCAUCCCAGUUAACUGCAGUCAAUCCCAGCUCCCUCCCAGUGGCUCCCAGUCCCUCCCAGUGGUUCCCAGUC